AUGGAUGAAGAAUUGUAUUGUGCAUUGACGGAUUUUAGAGGACACAAUCACUUUUUAGAAUUAAAUGUCAACGGGGGUUACAAAGAUUUGGCCGUUGCAGUGCAAAGCCUAAUUGCUUGUAGUGCAAGCACGAUACAGUUGACUUACAAAGUACCCCACACGCAAGAAAUUUAUGUUCGUGUAUGUGAUGAUGCUGAUGUCUCGAUAAUGGUCAAUGUACAUCGAAGUUGCAAGGAGAAUAUUGUUGUCAUGAACGCUGAGAUGAAUCGAGACAUAUUAUUUGGGAUACAAGCUAACAAUGUCCAUAUAAGUAAUCCGUAUAUCCCCUCUAGUGACGAACAUGUGUCUCGUUCACAAAAUCCAUCGUAUUCACAAAAUAUGUCUCGGGAAGUUGAGAGCUCUAAUAUGAUUCCUAUUGCAUGGCACAAUGCUAUUAGAAGUGUUGGUCAAGAAUUUGAUGAUGUUGAGCAUUGUCGGCGGAGUUUAAGCAAUUACUCUAUUGCACGAGGAUUUAACUUUGAAUUUGUAAAAAAUGAACGCAAAAGGGUGACAGCAAAAUGCAAGGCCGCAAACUGCGAAUGGAUGGUUCAUUGCACCCGUCGUAGAGAUAGUGAUCGAUUCUAUGUGAAAAAAAUAUGUAGUUCUCAUAGUUGCUUGGGAGGAGGCAUAGGAAAGGAAGGAUAUCAACGGGCAUCUCGUAAGUGGAAUGCUAAUCAACUCAAGACCAUAUUGAAGGAACAACCCACUUAUCGCCCAAUUGAUUUCCAAAAGAAGCUUAAAAUGGAAUUUGGUUUGGACGUCCCUUAUCAUAGAAUUUGGUGGGGAAAAGAGCUAGCUCAACGUGAAUUGUAUGGUGAUACUAAAUUUUCAUAUGACCAACUCCGAUGGUAUAAGGAUAAAGUUAUAGAAACCAAUCCGGGAUCAAUUGUUCACUUAGAGCAUGAAGACGGAAGAUUUACACGAGUAUUUGUAUCUUAUUAUGCUUGUUGGAAGGGGUUUAUGGAGGGAUGUAGGCCAAUGUUGUUCUUGGAUGGUACUCAUCUUUUUGAUAGGUAUAAAGGAACCUUACUUGCCGCAACUGCUUUAAACGGAGAUGGAGGUAUGUUUCCCGUAGCAAUUUGCAUAUGCGGGACGGAAAAUGAGAGUAAUUGGGAAUGGUUUUUGGAAUGCAUUCGGGACAUCCUCUUCAAUGAUGAAGAUCCAUAUACUCCAGAUGAUGAACUGGUGUUAAUCUCUGAUAGGGACAAAGGACUUCAGAAUUCCGUGAAGAAAUGCUUUCCAUGGUCACAUCACUCUUAUUGUAUUCGUCAUCUCUUGGCUAAUUUUAAGAAUAACUUAUCGAAAAAAGGCAUUACACCACCUUUACGAGAUGAAUGUGUGCAAAUUAUGAAGAGGGCCGCUUAUGCAUACACUUCUCGUUCCUAUAACAAUGAAUGUAACGAGCUACGGCAUAAAUCAGAGAUCGCCUAUUGUGAAAUGUUGAGGAUGAGUCCAGAAAAUUGGGCUAAUUGUUAUUUUCCUGGGAAGAGAUAUGGAUGGUUGACAUCAAACCUAGCGGAGUCAUUCAAUGCUUGGAUCAAAGAAGCUCGUUAUUUGCCAAUUACCCAAACAAUUGAUAACAUUCGCAAGAAAAUGAUGAGGAUGAGUUUUGAAAGGCGGGAGGCAUCCCACAAGUGGACCACAACAUUUGUUCCCACUGUGGAAGAGCACCUUAUUCAGAUUAAUGAGCAAUCACGUUGUCUUUCUGCAAUUCCUUCUACUACCGGAAGGUACGAGGUGUAUGAUUUGCCCACCGUUGAAGUAGAUUUGAAUGAACGCACAUGCACUUGUCAUGAAUGGCAAGUAGUCGGGCUACCUUGCAAACAUGCGGCGACGGUUAUUCGGCAGAAUAUGGACACCCUUUACUCCUAUAUUUCCCACUACUUUAGUGCGGAGACAUACCGCAAAUGCUACUCCUUUCCGAUAUACCCAAUUCCUGACGAUGACAAGCCAUAUAUAGAUGAUGAAAAUAUGGUGAUUCGGCCACCAACAACUUCAAUUCUUCGUGGAAGACCAAGGACAAAGCGCAUUCCUUCGGGAUUGAAUCCGGCCAAAGAGUUAAAAUGUAGUAGAUGUCAACAGUAUGGUCACAACCGUAGAACAUGUAGACAGCCUAUUGCCGACUAG